GGGGGCCAGCGGAACCUUUGCGGGGGAUGACAAAGACAGACGCAAAGCCGGCGGCCACCGGAAGUAGAACGUUUCUGUCACGAAUGUAUGAAAAGAUGCACAUGGAGCCGCCUCUCUGGCAAUUUGGGAGCUGAGCCAAGCUGCUGUGACAUGGUAAUGUUCAGUGAACAGCACCUGGUAGCCGUGGAGCCAAAGAGAAGCGACUGUUUGCCGAUGACUGAUGGAGACACUGGUUUGGAGGCUUUGGCCUCACCGCAGGCGGGGUAUUUAGGAAAAGUUCAAGAAAGAGCUGCUUCAUUGGAUCAUUGUCCUUGGUGUGCUGCAAAGGGGCUCACCUUUUCUUUACGUUCGUACCACAUCAACCUCCAAGAGUCAAUCACCCUCUGCACAAACUCCCAGUGCCUUUUCCCCCUAGUCACCCGACCCCUGGAGGAUAUUUUGUCUGGCUUGGAUUUGACAAAGUCAAUUGUUGAGAACAAAAGAAAAAAUAAUUUUGCACUUGAACAUGAGGAGCUUGUAAAGUCACCAGUCAAACGCCAGAGAAUAAGCGAAGAUGCUGAUUUUGAGCCACAGAGUGGGACUCAAACAGAUCGUGAUGUCAUCAGUCCCAUCAGAAACGGCCUUCAACAAACACUUGAAGAUGAUGGCAAAAAUCUCAACGAAAACCAGAAGGUGUCCGUGGACGCAGAGACAGUGGGAUGCAAUUAUUCACCUGAUAAGGAUGUGCAAAAGAGAAGUAUAAUUUGCUCAGAUGAUUGUGCUGCAUCUGCAUGCUUGGCAUCGGAGGAACUGUCAUCAAACUCUUUGGGGGCCACGGUUGAAAACGAGGCUACAAUUCCUUCUCACCUCGGUUCUGUCGAUACACCUGACAAAACCAGUCAUCACAGGAUUUCUAUUCCGGACAACGAUCAGGACACAUUAUUUAUGGAAGUCGAUAUUCCACUGACUCCGGCAUUGAGGACAGAUGAAAACUCCCCUACUGCGGAUAUUAUCAUUUGUAAAGACGGCAAAAACUCCAAACCAGGGAGUGAGGAUUUGUCCUGCACUUCGCAAAAGUCCAGCAAGCUUGUUUCUGUUCCUAAGCAGCUUUUCUGGAGCAACAGGGACAGCUUGUGUUGGCUGGACUCCCUGCUGGUCGCUCUCGUGAACUGUAAGAGCUUGAGGAAAAGUAAACCUAAAGAGGAGCCUCAGCGCUCAUCGGUGUGGCACUUGAUGACAAAAUAUGACAGCAUUUGUUCUUCCAUCAAAACGCACCAACACACCGACAAAGAUGGUCUCGCUUUGGUGCCGAGUCAUGUUCUGCAACAGGCCAAUGCUGACCUGGAAAGUCUCAGGAUAUCGCUCUUUCAAGAACUGCAGCCCAAACUGCACUGCAAACUGGGUCAGAGGGAAACUCCGGUGUUUGCCAUGCCACUUCUGCUGAAAAUGGACUCGUGGGCGGAGCCUCUUUUCCAGCUAACCUUUCGCUGGGAGUUCCAAUGCAGGGAAUGCAAAGUUGCCUCCAAAGAGAGGGUUACGAAAACUCUCCCCACAUUUACAAAGGUGGUGUCAGAUUGGCACCCACAGCACGCAGUUCAUUUCUCUCCAUGCAAUUACUGCCGCAGACCCAAUCAGAUGAGAACUAUGACGCUGGAGAGAGUGCCUGAAGUAUUUGCACUGCACUUUGUGGAGGGUCUUCCUCAAAAUGAUGUUAAUCUGCACUCAUUCAACUUCAAUGAGAAGCGGUAUUCUAUAACCACCGUCAUACGAUAUGACCAACAACUUCAGCACUUUGUCACCUGGACUCGCAGAAGUGACGGAUCCUGGCUGGAAUAUGACGACCUAAAGCACCCAGAAUGUCAAAUCCAUCAGGAGCUUCUGAUACCUGCUCACGAGAUGCACAUUAUCUUCUGGGAGGAAGAGGGUGAAGAGCCUUCUGUUUGUUCUCCAUCCUCCACAUUUGUGGAACCCCCUCCCCCUGUUGAAAGCCUCCCCAGUUUGACGAACUUGAGCGUCAAUGAACCGCUCCUUCACAAUGACACUGACAUCAUCUCUGCAUUUGUGGAAGAAGAGAGCCCGUCUGCCGCCAAUGCUGACACGUCAAUAGGUGCCACAACGCUCCUCGAUGCGUUUCAGGGUCUCAACCACAACGACAUUGUCACGCUCACACUGGUAGAAUUGGAAACGCAUCAGGAAACGUUGCCUUCAAAAGACAACAAGCCUGCUCAGGACUUUAAUGUGUCUUCAAGGGAUGAGAAGUUCCCAUCUUCGCCAGACAGUUCGUCUCCCACAGAGGUUAAUGUGUGUCAAAGCUCUAAACCUCCAGCCACAGCUAGCUCCUCUGGUCCUGAGAGUGAUGUAGGCAUCGAUCCAACGUUUGUUACUGCAACAGCUUCUUCAGAACCAUCCACACCAGUUCCCAACAACUCUGGGAGUCCCAUUGUUCAUGACAACCAGAAAGCAUCUCCUGUGUCUUCUACCGAUACCUCAGCUCUGUCCACCAACCAGGAGAGUUCCACGACUACAUCAGUACUGGGUCAGAACGCUCGUUUGUCCUUAAUGCUAACUGCGCAUCCUUUGUAUAAACACAAGUGGAAUAAAAAUUUAGAAGUCACACAAGAACUCACGCCGGCAGCAAAAACAAGGCUGGCCCAGCCUCUUCAUUCUACUCCGCAUCCUCUGAAGAAACAGCCCAUUCCCAUAACUCUGUCCAAACCGCAGAUCUUAGCUGAUGAAAGCGGGGAGUUCCCACCAAAGGCUGCAGAAAUGUAUGGUGGAUUCAGUACAAAGAGUCUUCCUCCAUCUCCUGCACUGCCCAAUGACGAAGCAAUAGUGUUUCAGACGGUUUCAAAGUUGCCGUCUAUGCCCACAUCAAAGCAAUUUCUGGAUAUCUGGCCUUCGAAGAAGCUCCCCUCAAAAGUCCCCCCAGGUCUUAGCGACACUGAAGCUCUUAGAUACAAGCUAAUAAAGAAACUUAAGGCCAAGAAGAAGAAGCUUGCGAAAUUGAACCAACAAUUAGGCAAACAGGGGGGAACCUUCCUGUUACCGGACAGCACUGCUCUGACCUCUCCAAGCACGGUGAGUUCCAGCACAUAUGAUGGCUCCACUUGUGACGACUUCCUGUCAGAGUUGCUGUCACCUGCAACCACAGCCAGCAACGUUUCACCGGACAGCACUGGGUUCUUGGAGAUGCUUGCCAGUGGGCAGAACGUACCUGAAACGUUGAACUCCAAAGUCAGCGAUAACAUCCAAUCUCAUACGAACUGUGGUACUAAUGAGCCUGAUGCUGAAAACUUCCUGGAAAUGUUCCUCUCACAGUGCUGUUGAUCUAAAAUGAGCAAAUAUUCAGUAAAUAUAUGAAGCAAGAUAUGCUGGUUUUAAUAGCAUGGAAAAUAAGUGAUUUUAUAAAUCAGGUUUCUUUUUUUCUGUUUGAAGACACUGGUUUUCAUUCUUGUGUUCUUAUAAAAAGGUUUUUGGAGUUUUUUUCCUGUUUUGGUGGUUUGUUUGUUGGAUCAUAGUUUUAUUUUUGAAGGAUUCAACACCUUUUUUAUUUGUACUGUAAUUCAUACCCCAAUACAGAAUCAAUGUUAGGUAAGGAACUUAAAUUGGCAAUAAAUGUUUUACUGUUGCAUUUA